AUCGAUAAUAUGCAAUCGUCUAGUCUAAAGCACCCCUUACUUUGAUUUAAUUCUAGUCUGUAAACAAAUCUCAUUGCGAGGGAUUUUUGUGAAAUUAUGGGUGAAUCAAGUACUCAAGCAGUGGCACGUCCGUCCUGCGAAUAUGGACAGGAAUGUUAUAGAACAAAUCCCAACCAUCGUGUGGAAAAAGCCCAUCCUGGAGAUGAAGACUAUCAAGUGCCGCGUAUGCCAUCACCGGUGGCGGGGGCUCCUAAAUGUAAAUAUGGCCGGCGUUGUUAUAGAAAAAAUGCUGACCAUUUUCGAAACUUUCGUCAUCCUCGGCCAGUUGCUAGGACUAGCGACCAAUAUCUUGAUGACGACGAGGAAGACGAUAGUGAUUUUGAUCCGUUUGCAGGUUCAAGUGGAUCUGAUUAUGUUCCCAGUGAAGAAGAUGAGUAGGAUGAACGUAGCCUUUAUGUUUAGAUACUUGUAAAUAGUGUUAUUUAUUCAUACCUCUUAGAUAUUCCAUUUUUAAUUAUAAAUCUAUUUAUAAUUUAACAAUAAGGUCCCUUAUUGGACCAUAACACAUAUAUUUGCAGUUCAAUUUUAAACCUAAAAUUAUACAACAAAUUUCAUUGUAAAAACUAUGUUAUCGAAUAAAAAAAAGUACUAUUUGUAGCUGAUCCACUGCCACUUGGUCAAAUCGUUA